GACCCAUGGCUUUUAAAAAUCUCCAACCCGAGGCGAAAUUUUCCCCUUCUACCCAUUUCCGCUCGUUCGACGCGGAUGCCAUCUUCUUCUUGUUAGCCCCGCCCCCCGCCACCGCAGCCGCCCACCCGCCCGCGCCGAUUGGAAAAGGGGUUUCGCUCGUCCGGAGAAGGCAAAGCGUCCACCCGCCCCCGCGAAUCGUAUGGUCGAAUAGCGACUCGGAUGAUGGCGGAGGAACCGGCGGUCGGUUACGAUGUCUUCGAAGGCGCCGGCUGCGCGGGCGGCGUGGAGGACAACCUGUCCAUGCCCCUUGGCGACUUUUUCGCCUUCCUGGAGACCGAGCCCUCGCCGCCAGAGGACGGGGAGGAGGGGGAGCAGCAGCAGCCUGGGGUCAAUCAAGGUUGUUUGCAGAUGCCUGCCGACACCAACGGUUCUGAAAAUGCAUUCCAAAGCAAUGAAGAAUCUUGGUCAAACUACUCGCAUGUGGACCCUUCACAGUGCCAGAUGGAAGUUAACAUGGAACUCAAUCAAGGAGAAGGAACGAUUGAUCAUUCAGAGGCUAGCCCUUAUGGAUUGUUUAGCAAUGCUGAGAAAUACAAAGGCCCAAAUGAUCAAUCAAGAGCUUACAACAUGAUCGGUCAAUAUUUUGCAACAGAUGCAUCAAACCAUGCUAAUUUUGAAGAAGCAACUGGCCUUCCAUAUGAAGAUUUCUCAAAUGGUUCAUACCUUGGACGACAAGCUAUGUACUCUGACCAAACACAACUCCAAGUAGAUAACAACAUGGCAGACAUGGAGACACAAAUGAAUACUUAUUUUUCAGGUGAUAUAUCCACAGAUCAAUCAGGUUUGAGUGAAAUUAAAUGGGAGGGUACAGAAGCAAUGCUUGGUAAUACUGGUCAGGACGGUAACCAUUUCACUUCAAUGGACAUGUUUUCUCUUACCCAUAAUGCACCUAUACCUGAUAUUUCUUGCACUGAGUUGAACAUGGGUGAGGCAACUGAAAGCAUGCGCAAUGGCAACAGCAGUUGCCUAACUGUGCAGGAAGAACAUCUAGAGGGGGAAUGUGGAGAAUAUCCUCAUGCAUAUUAUGCUUCCGUUGAUAUGCUUGGUGAAAGAUCACUGCAUGAUUUGCCACAUGAUUUUUCACAAAACAAUGAGCAAUAUGAGAUGGAACAGUUCCCACCGAAUAUAUGUGAAAGCGAUUCGAUGAAGAUAGCCUCUCCGGAUCAAUACUGUGAUGAUACAUCUUUAUCAGAUUUUGACAUGUAUGUAUCCUCGCCAGAGUCGAUUUCCUGUGAGCAGAACCAGUCUGAAGAUACUUGUUUCAAGAGCGAGUCUAGCACUGACUCUUCUCCAGUACCCUCAAGCAGAAACUCCACCACAGAGGAUGCUGAUAAAUACUUAGGUCACACAUCAAAACAGUUGCUGGACUCCAAGUUUAUCCCUAUCGGCAAUCAACACCCAUUUAAGAACAUGGGAUAUCAAAAACCUCCAGUAUUACAUAAACAGUAUGAUUAUCGACGCGACAACUCUUCUAUUCAUGGCAAUUCAUCAAUAGAUUGUUUCAGUAUAGAUGACAAUGUGGCCUCUGAUUUAUGUGUUCUUGAGGGUAAUAAGAAUCCUGCUCCUGAUCGUCUAUUGCCACUCCAUGGAAGGCUCCAUCAUAACUUUCAACAAUCUAUGUAUGCUAAUUCCAUUCUUCCUACAUUUGGUGGGAUGAGAUACAAGCCACAUGAUGAUGAAAGAAAUACACUACGCCUUGCGUUGCAGGAUAUUUCACAGCCAAAGUCUGAGGCUAAUCCACCUGAUGGGGUUUUAGCAGUUCCUUUAUUGAGGCAUCAGAAAAUUGCCUUGUCAUGGAUGGUGCAAAAGGAGACCCGUAGUUCGCAUUGCUCUGGUGGAAUUCUCGCAGAUGACCAGGGCCUGGGUAAAACUGUAUCGGCCAUAUCACUGAUUUUGACAGAACGGCCACCAGUGCCACAGUCAUCUACUAUUAAGAAAGAGCCAUGUGAAGCUGUAACUCUAGACGACGACAAUGAUGAUGAUUGUGCUGAACCUCAUUUGAAAAAACCAAUACAUGCAUGUAGCCCUGAAGUAACGAGUAACACAGUUAAGAAAGAAAAUACUAUUGUAGCGGUUAAGACAAGACCAGCUGCUGGAACAUUGGUUGUUUGCCCUACAAGUGUUUUGCGCCAAUGGGCAGGAGAGCUGACUAAUAAAGUUACGAGUAAAGCUAAUUUGUCUUUUUUAGUAUAUCAUGGUGGCAAUCGUACGAAGGAUCCUUACGAGCUCACAAAAUAUGAUGUUGUGCUAACUACAUAUUCUAUAGUAAGCAUGGAAGUACCAAAACAAUCAAAUCCUGAUAGUGACGAUGAAGAGAAAGGGAAGCCUGACAGAUAUGGUGCUCCUGUUGCCUCUUCAGGUAGUAAAAAGAGGAAGUCAUCCUCUUCUAAGAAAAGGAAAAAUGGAAGUGCAGUGGAGAGUAGCUUGCCUGAGAGACCUCUUGCAAAAGUUGCUUGGUUUAGGGUUAUUCUUGAUGAAGCACAAAGUAUUAAAAAUUACCGAACUCAGGUUGCCAGGGCAUGCUGGGGUCUGCGAGCCAAAAGAAGAUGGUGUUUGUCCGGGACACCUAUACAGAAUGCUGUGGAGGAUCUCUAUAGCUAUUUUAGAUUCCUCAGAUAUGACCCGUAUGCUGUAUACAAGCAAUUUUGCACCAUGAUAAAAUUGCCAAUCAGUAGGAACCCAACUAACGGCUACAAGAAGCUUCAAGUUGUUUUGAAGACGGUAAUGCUACGCCGGACUAAGGCAACAAUGCUUGAUGGGACACCAAUCAUUUCCUUACCGCCGAAGACUGUUUCUCUUAAGACAGUGGACUUCACUAGUGAAGAGCGUGCUUUUUAUAAUACUUUAGAAACCGAAUCACGAGAACAGUUCAAGGAAUAUGCAGCUGCUGGUACUGUUAAGCAAAACUAUGUCAAUAUACUACUGUUGCUUUUACGGCUCAGACAGGCAUGCGAUCACCCUCACCUAGUAAGAGGCCAUGAGUUUACCUCUAGCUGGAUGUCUUCGUUGGAGAUGGCGAAGAAACUGCCCAUGGAAAGGCAGCAAGAAUUGCUUAUUUGCUUGCAAUCUUGUUCUGCAAUAUGUGCUCUUUGCAAUGAUGCACCAGAAGAUGCUGUUGUCACUAUAUGCGGCCAUGUAUUUUGCAACCAGUGCAUACUGGAGCAACUCACUGGUGAUGACAGCAUAUGCCCGGUGUCGAAUUGCAGGGUCCGACUAACUACAACUUCACUAUUCUCCAGAGGCACUCUUGAAUGCUCUCUGAGAAGAUUAACCUAUGAUUUCAAAUCUAACGAUUUGGGCAUGGAAAUGGUACCUGCUGAAAAGCGGCCUGGGAUCGAUUCAUCGUACGCAUCUUCCAAAGUGAGAGCUGCAUUAGAUAUUCUUCUCUCAUUGCCCAAAAUAGAUCCCACCCAAAUGAGCGAUAGCAAAAAGUCAAUUGGGCUUACCUCUGAAAAAUUCGACGGAAAUAGUACGUCAGAACAUAUUGACACCAAGAUGACAGAGAAGGCCAUUGUGUUCUCUCAAUGGACUAGAAUGCUGGAUUUGCUAGAGGUUCACUUGAAAGCUUCUCAUGUGACAUAUCGAAGGCUUGAUGGAACUAUGUCUGUUGCUGCACGGGAUAAAGCUGUGAAAGACUUCAAUACGGUUCCAGAGGUUUCUGUUAUGAUCAUGUCACUCAAAGCUGCGAGUCUUGGUUUGAAUAUGGUUGCUGCCUGUCACGUACUUAUGCUUGAUCUUUGGUGGAACCCAACCACAGAAGACCAAGCCGUGGAUAGAGCACACCGUAUUGGCCAAACGCGGCCUGUCACAGUAUCACGGUUAACUGUAAAAGACACUGUUGAAGAUCGAAUUCUGGCUCUUCAGGUAAAAAAAACGGGAGAUGGUUGCUUCUGCAUUUGGGGAAGAUAGAUCUGGUUCCCGCCAAACUCGAUUGACCGUGGAAGACCUGAAUUAUCUGUUUAUGGUCUAGCAUUGCUCCUGAGAGUGGGAACAGUUUGCCUAUUGGAUGGUGUAGACAGUGGUAGAUAAAAUAUUUCUCCAUAACAAAGAACAAAUAUAAUUUAUUUAGGGGUAAUUAGUGUUUUUAGUUUGUACAUGUGCAGAGAUUUUGUAGUCUUAAAGGUGGUAUUGUGGUUUGUUAGAGGAUCCAAUUCUUUUUGCACUGAAAGCAGAGAGGUACUUAACCAGGUUGAUCCUGCUGUAGUGUCCGCUGACUGAAUAUCAUGAAGAUAACAAUGAAAAUGUCAUUAGGUAACAUGAUAUUUGUACAUAUUUUUUCAUCAGCAUAUCCAACAUCUGGGCUUAGCAUAUGCGCAGUUUGGUUGUAUGUGACGAACCAUGUAAAAAAUUGAACUGAGCUUGUCAUAUUGGCUUUCUUUUUGAGAAUGCUAGUCA